AUGCCUAUACAGUAUGCAAGUUACAGCCCCACAUACCGAACUAGGCAAUUUAAGGGUCAGGAAGGACCAAAAGCUCCCUCCAUCAACGUCAUCGAUGAUGCGAAUAAGCUUGAGCAUCUCGCCGGUUUUGAUCCUUAUUUCGGUACUUUAACCACUCGUCUCUUUAACAACAACGAAUUCAUCUACCCGAAACAUACCUCUUUUCUGCGCCAUCAACUUCGAACUCGCGUCAUGUAUAUCCCGGAUGUACAGAAGAUCGCCAUUGCAGGCCUCGCACUUGCUAGCGUAAAAUUAGCUGGUGAGACCGUCUCCAAAGGCGAAGUGCUUGACUACGCCAUAGAGAAAUGCCUCGACAGUGACGGAAAUAUCCGCUGCUCUAAGCCCUUCCCCGUGAAGAAGGACUCUUGCUACAAACUGGAGUGGUCAACGGAUGGCACGUUUUCCCACACAACCAUCGAGGUUCGAGACGCCGGCAGUGGCGAGAUGGUUUAUUACAGAGACACAGAUGGAGAAUGGAAACCGGAAAAGAAUGAGCUCGUGUACCUUGACUUCAAACCGAAGGUUUGGGGGACAGGGAAUGACACUGUCCAGUACGAGGUUAAGAAGUGCGAAAAAGACCAAGAGUUGUAA